AUUACUUUCUGACUCUUCUGCUACAUGCCUACAUUAUACGCAGCUUCUCUACGGUAGCUAUGGCUUCGGCUACUUUCUCUGUGUCCAAACAUCCCUUCAGGGUUUCUCUGAGUUUUCAGGACUUCGAAACUCCUCUGCUCUUCCCUUUGCCAAGAAAUCUUCUUCCGAUGAGUUUGUUUCUUUCGUCAGUUUCCAGACUUCUGCAAUGGGAAGCAAUGGUGGAUACAGGAAAGGGGUGACCGAGGCCAAGAUAAAGGUAGCCAUCAAUGGUUUCGGUAGGAUUGGUAGGAACUUCUUGAGGUGUUGGCAUGGUCGUAAGGACUCUCCUCUUGAUGUUGUUGUCAUUAACGACACUGGUGGUGUCAAACAAGCAUCGCAUCUCCUCAAAUACGACUCAACUCUUGGAAUCUUUGACGCUGAUGUCAAACCUUCUGGAGAUGCUGCUCUCUCUGUUGAUGAAAAGAUCAUUCAGAUUGUAUCUGAUCGUAACCCAUCUAAUCUCCCCUGGGGGGAACUAGGCAUUGACUUGGUCAUCGAAGGAACCGGAGUGUUUGUUGACAGAGAAGGUGCUGGAAAGCACAUUCAGGCUGGAGCCAAGAAGGUUCUAAUUACUGCACCUGGAAAAGGUGAUAUCCCAACUUAUGUCGUUGGUGUCAAUGCUGAACUUUACAGCCAUGAAGAUACAAUCAUCAGCAAUGCGUCUUGUACUACAAACUGUCUCGCUCCAUUCGUCAAGGUUCUUGACCAGAAGUUCGGGAUCAUAAAGGGUACAAUGACUACUACUCACUCAUACACUGGUGACCAAAGGUUGUUAGAUGCGAGCCACCGUGAUCUAAGGAGAGCAAGAGCAGCAGCUUUGAACAUUGUUCCAACAUCAACAGGAGCAGCCAAAGCCGUGGCUCUUGUGCUCCCUAACCUCAAAGGAAAGCUCAACGGAAUCGCAUUGCGUGUGCCAACUCCAAAUGUCUCAGUGGUUGACUUAGUCGUGCAGGUCUCCAAGAAGACUUUUGCUGAAGAAGUCAAUGCUGCUUUCAGAGACGCAGCUGAGAAUUUAUAGUAAUAAACUUGAUUCAAACUUGUUACAUCCUCUGCUUAAUUCAUAACUCUGGUCUGGGAAUGCAUUUGACAAUAAAGAAAGAUACAAUACUUGUUAUGUUACAUAACAGGAGGAUUGUGGUAUUGAAACUGCUUAUACAGCUCACAAGACAAGCAAAAGAGUCAACAGUGCAAAAGGUUGAACGGUGGUAUAGCCGAUUCGAAUCAGAUAAAAGAAGGAGAAGAGGUUCCAAACAUCUGAUGAGGAUCUUCAUUGACAUCUUUGAGAAAACUCUGAACAUAAGUUGCGGUGUAGUCAUACUUAAAGCAAUGUGAAUCAUUGCUGAGAACCGAACCAAUCUUCAUCUGUUCUGCAUCGCCCUGUUCACCGGUGUUGUCCUGGUAACCAAACAAACUGCUUGACAUAUCACUGGGAAAAGAAGGUAAGGAAACCUCUUUGCUUUGACCAACAUGAUCAUCAUCAUAACAAUGUGGGAAACUGUUAGUGAGAUUAGCCAAAAACUGUUGUUCUUGCAAACAAGAAGUGAUAGGAGCAGCACAAAAACGGUGGUUUUCUGGUGGCUGAUCUUGAAGAAAACUGAGAUUAGAAGAUUCCAAACUCAUAUCAGGUUCCAAAGACACAAUGGUGGGAUUAACAGAACCUUUGUCUGAUGAUGACUGUGACAACUGCUGUGGUUGUGUUUGUGAAGAGCUGUUUUCAGUGUAGAAGAAGUUGGUUUUAGCUAAAGAGCCACUGAUGGAUCGAGCAGCAACAUCAUAUGCUAAAGCAGCUUCUUCGGCUGUAUCAAAUGUUCCAAGCCAAUGUCUUUCUUUUGUAGUAGGGUUUCUGAUUUCAGCUGCAUACCUUCCCCAUGGACGUCUCCUCACUCCAAGGUACUUCCCUUCUUGUGACUUCUUCUCUUGUUUGCUUUUGCUCUUGUUUCUUGAUUUCAACAUGUUCACAAUAUUCAGAGAUCAAUGCUUCUCUCUAUCUAAGUCUCUUUAAGGGUCCUUUAGGCUGCUCUAUAUAAACUAUAAACGGAGAAAGAAGAGCAAAAGAGUGUGUGAACUUGGUUGAUGCCUUUUUGGUUUUGGGCAUUAAAUUAAAAGGAAUUAGUUGGGAGUUAAAAAUUUUAACUCCAAAGUCUGUCUUGUCCUUCGUAAACCGUGUCAUGUAGAAACAAGAAAGUGUCUCAUAUUUUCUCCAUUUUUGUCCUUUUGCUUUAUAUUUUCCACACUUUAGCUAUAUGGUUUAGUCA